CACAGAGGGGCGGGGCUGUGUGCACGAGACAGGCGCCAAAUAGGAAGAACUGCAGCUGUGUGUGCGCGUAAAACUGCGCCUCUGCACCAGAACAACCCGCAAACAGCGACAUGACGCACAGGGGGAUGCUCCACAGAUGAUCCGGAGCAAACACGCUGCAUGAAAACACACCAUACAAACGCACAAAAGAGAUGGAGGAAGAAGGGAUAAAAAUCUGGCCGCGCAUGGAGCCCUUCAUGUUGGGGGCUUUGCAGGUGGCCCCAUCUUCCAAGCUCAGCCUUCACUACCUCCGAAAGAUGGCGACAUACGUGCGGACGAGGGACGGCUGCUUCCCUGUUCUGGGCUGGCCGAUGUGGAGGCAUAUCGCAUGUGGAAAACUACAGCUCCCAGAAGACCUUGCAUGGCUCUACUUUGAGACUUUUGAUCUUCUCGUUGGAUAUGUCCCCGAGAAAAGACUGGAGUGGGCCGAGAGUCUGUCCCAAUGCACCUCCAAAAGUGAACUGGAUCAGCAACGGAACAAGUUGUCUGUGGACACACUGCAGUUCGUCCUCUUCCUCUUCAUUCAACAACUCAACCGUGUGUCUUUACGCUCUUCAUCCAUCGUUGAAGAGUGGCCCAGUCAUCGAACUCGCUCCGCUUCUCCCUGUCCCUCAGAACGCGAAGGCAAAACCAGCUCCCAAAACAAGAACUGGGACGAUCAGGCACACCUCUCUUUUGUAAAUGGCCAUCUUGCUGAGAUUUUGGAGCUGCUCGUUGAACCAAGUCAGCUGCCGUGUGCUGGACAGGCUCAGCGAGAAUGCCAGAUAUCCGUGGAGGCUGUGCGAAGUUUAAGCCUGCUCUUAGAGGGAUCUGUGGGUCAAGGCAGAGCCGUCCAGCCCGUUCAUCGCCUACUGACCAAGGGCCCUCUUCAGACCGAAGCGGGUUACUGCGCAAAAACCCGUUCCUUCCCUCUCCGUAAGCUCCUCUUGUGUCUCCAACAAAACCUGUCGCUCAACCCUUUUGGGAUCACAGCGUGUCUGCACUCGGGGAAAAAACUAGCGUGGGCCCAACAAGUGGAGGGAGCUAUGAAGAGAGCCAAAAUCGCCAGAAAUACCCACACAGCGCCCCCUGGUAGUAAAAUAGUGUUGAUGUCUCAGGUUUUAAAACAAACACUUGCUAAAACUUCAGAAAAAUUAACCGGUACAAACAUGAAGAUACAUCGAUGUGCAGAGUCCUUUAUUUAUCUCCUGUCACCGCUAAGAUCAGUCACCGUGGAUAAGUGCCGUGACUGUACGAUUGUCCUGGGUCCAGUUGAAACCGCGGUCCACGUUCACAGUAGCCAAAACGUGAAGGUGGUUUGUGUCGCGGGGAGAGUCGUGUUCGGAGCAUCUUCACACUGCGCCGCCUUUAUCCUGACCCCUACGCGACCUUUGCUACUUCCUGGAAACGCAGACAUCAGCUUCGGCCCCUUUCAUACGUUCUAUCCGUCCCUGGAGGAUCACAUGGCCAGCGUCGGUUUAGCUGUCGUCCCGAACGUUUGGGAUCAGCCCUUGGUUUUGGGGGCGGACGGUGUUUUAAACGCUUCACAGUGCAACUCGGCACACGGCCCUGAGCCGGGGAGCUACCGCCUGAUUCCUCCUGCAGAGUUCCACGCGCUGGUCGUGCCUUUUCAAAUGGACGGGGACACGUGCGAGAUCCCGGGAGGACUGCCACCUUUGUAUCAGGAAGCGGUGGAAGCGAAGAAGAGGAGGAUACAGAACUGGCAAAGGACUGUGAGCGAGACUCGACUGAACAAGGAGCAGAGGCGGCAGUUCCAGGCCCUGGUUGAAAUGAAGUUUCACGAGUGGCUGCUAGAAACUGGACACAGAAAAGAACUGGACAGUCUGUCACCUCCGCUCUUAGCUCCACAGAACAACCCUAACGGUCAACACACCAGUUCUCUUAAAGCGGCGAACGGUGACGGCGUUAUUGCAAAUGGACAAACAAAAGAACCUUCUACUGCGGCUUGUUAACGUGUAAUGAACCUGUGACGCCCCCAGCGCCUCAAACAUCUGCCCGAGAGGCUUCUGUUGGGUUUAAGGCUGUGCCAUCUUUUCAGGACGAGCAGGGAGUGGACUGGCAUGUUGUUGAGCGACAUCCCAAACAUUUGAGUGGAGCUGUAUGUGUUUAUAUAGUCUUAGAUUGCAAAUUAAUACUAUGAACACAAUAGAAUGAGUUUAAAUAAUAUGUCCAAUGAUUUUUGUGUAGAAAACAUACUAACAAAAUAAAUACAUGUGUAUAGAGGAAGUGGACAUAAGAGAAGUACAUAUUUUGUAGAGUUAGUAUAUUUUUAUAUUAAAUCUUGGGCUUAGGUCAAUGUAUAUUUUUUCUAAUAAAUAUUUCAACUGACUCUUGGUUGAUUAAACUGUAGCUGAUGCCCAAGUCCAUCCACUUUUCCACCUGUGCAUUUAAAAAAUAUUAAUGAACUGAGAGAAAACAAAACAGUUCAGACCCAGUCUACCUAAAAUUGCACUUGUGUAUUUGCAUUUGCAGUGAUGCUAAAAUGUUUUUGUCACCAAGAGGCGCGUGUGCAGGUGUGUGUGCAGAGGCGCGUGUGCAGAGGUGCGUGUGUGUGUGUGUGUGCAGAGGAGCGUGUGUGUGCAGAGGAGCGUGUGCAGAGGUGCGUGUGUGCAGGGGUGUGUGUGUGUGUGGGUGUGUGUGGGUGUGUGCGUGCGCGUGCGCGUGGGGGUGUGCAGAGGCGCGUGUGUGUGUGCAGAGGCCUGUGUGCAGAGGCGUGUGUGUGUGUGUGUGUGCAGAGGCCUGUGUGUGGGGGUGUGUGUGUGUGCAGAGGCGGCUGCUGAUACUUGACACUGAAUCCAUCAGGUUUAUAUCUUUGUUACAGAAUAAACAGUUUGUGCUUAAGAUGUUUUGCCUCAGUGAAAUAAUCUGCACCUUUUUUUUCUUAUUGUAUUUAAAUUAUGCAUAAUCAGAUUUUUGUAAAUGAAAUCCUGUGUGAACAUGCACUGACUGUACGACUCAUAAUAAUAAAAAUCUUAUUUGUUGAC